CCGUACUGAACGACGAGGGUUGGGGAACACUGUUAGCAUGACCACUUCCCUUUAAAAACACGUAACUCAUUGUUUCCAGCCACACCUACCAAACGGUAGUAUAUUCAAGAACGUACAAGAACCUUUUGGGGGAGCGUGUCGUUCAGUACAAACGGUUGUUCAACGUAGCAAACGUUUAAGAGGACUGAACGCACCUCUAUCACUGUCUUUUUUUCAUUUAGUUCUUUCUCGUUGUGUAUCUCCGCUCGUUUAGAACGUUGGAUCGCAGAGGGAGUUGGAGAAAAUCAACAAGGACGACUCAGUAACUAAUCAACCAAACAUCAAUUGAUAGUAGCAACUAGCAACCGUGAAGAAUGUCGACUAAAGAACGGGGCCUGGUUUAUCUCGUCACCGGGGGCUGUGGGUUCCUCGGACAACACCUGUUACAGGUCCUUUUGGAGAAAGAGGAUGCGGUAACGGAAAUUCGACUUUUUGACAAACACAUCGACUCAAGUUUAAAUGGCCACAGCACAGAGCGGGUAAAGGUGGUGGUGACGCAGGGGGACAUCACAGAUUACUCCAGUGUCCUGGAGGUGUCCAAGGGGGCAGACCUGGUCAUCCACACGGCCAGCCUGGUGGAUGUCUGGCACAGAGUCCCUGAGACAGUCAUCCAGGCUGUGAAUGUUCAAGGAACUGUGAAUGUGAUCAAUGCCUGUGUGGAGAAUGGUAUUCAGUAUCUGGUCUACACCAGCAGCAUGGAGGUGGUCGGCCCCAAUGUGAAAGGAGACCCCUUUAUCAGAGGUGAUGAAGACACCAUCUACAAUGUUUAUCAUGAUAUGCCCUACCCCAGGAGCAAGGCCAAGGCAGAGAAACUGGUGUUGGAGGCCAAUGGCAAUAAGGUGAAUGAAGGGGCCUGCUUGUACACAUGCUCCCUCCGUCCCACAGGGAUCUAUGGUGAGCAGCACCAGCUGAUGAGGGACUUCUAUCAGAUGGGUGUGAGGACAGGGGGCUGGAUCAUUCGAGGCGUCCCAAAGGACACGGAACAUGGUCGUGUCUAUGCAGGUAAUGUGGCUUGGAUGCAUCUGCUGGCUGCUCGCUCCCUGAGAGAGCACCCCCAAAGGCUUGGAGGGGAAGUUUACUUCUGCUAUGACGACUCACCCUACAAGAGUUAUGAGGAUUUCAACAUGCAGUUCCUGUCUGGGUUCAACUUCCGCCAGGUUCAUGUGCCGCUAUUGGUGCUGUGGUUUGUGGCGUGCCUGAAUGACCUGCUCCGCUGGGUGCUGAAGCCUGUGUGCAGCUACACACCAUUACUCAACAGCUACACCCUCGCUGUGGCCAGCACCUCCUUCACAGUGGGUUCAGACAAGGCCCAGCGCCACUUCCAGUACCGCCCCCUCUAUGACUGGGACCAGUGCAAGGCCCGCACACAGAGAUGGGUGGACACCUUUCCCUUCGCAGGCCCCAAGGACUCCUGAUCUGCUGGUCUGGUGGAACCUUGUCUGGGCUAAACCGAUGCACCACACAUCAUAACCUGGGAUGGAUGGAGGAGUGAGAGGACUUUCUCAGAUUUAUAUUCUCACUAUGUUUGCUUCAUCAUAAGCAGUAUAUUCAUUACACGUAUGCAAACAAACUCUUGACCCCUGAACUCUUAAACCCUGAGCUAUGACCUCCUGCACGUGUUCUUCAAAAAUGGUUAUGUCCUCCUACCUGUCACUACUUGUGGCUAGCCUGUAGCUCCUCAGGCAAAAUGAUGACAAUGCAUGUUCCACACUGAAAUGGGUCACUUAUCCAUCCCAUGACCUUCUGAUUCACAUGAGACCCUUCCCAGCCCUAAAUAAGAGAUAAUAUAUUGGAGAUUCAAUAUAAAUGUUUGGGGCUUUAUCGGACAUUGCAAUAUUCAUCUUCUUACAAAAGGGGUAGAUAUAAUGUGAUUGUAGUCAUAAAAGGGCAUAUAGAUAUGUGAUAUAGGAAAGCUGCUCAUGAAUUGUUUUGAGUCUAUUUCCAACAAUACAUGGUGCAAUACAUUGCUAUACAUAUUUUGCAAUACAUUUUUCACAAGACAUCAUCACUACAUAGACUUGAUCUGUUUUUGUUGAAGAGCACUAGUGCAGAAAAUAAGUACUUACAUCUUAAACAUGCAUUAAUGCACACAGAGAAUAUUGUCUGAUUAUGUUCUGUGAUUUUAGAGUUUUAUAAAUCACCUGCUAUACAUUAAGGUGAUUUUAUCAUCUGAAUGCACUGCCAAUUUAAAAACAAUAAUAAAAUAAAAUAAUUAAAGAACAUUUCCCAGUGCAGUCAGAUUUAAACUUCAGACAGAGAAAAUGUUAAUUUUAUAUUUCAUAAUUGAUUAUUAUUAUAAUUUUGAGAAGUAGCAUUACUUAAAGAGCAACUGAAGGCAAUAAAAAACGUAUAUUCUCUGGUAGAAAAUGGCCUAUGUCUCAAACCAACUACAUUAAAGAAAUGUAAGCAUUUCAUGAGACACCUAUAAAACAUGUGUAACAUGAAAAUAUUGUCCUAUUUACAAUGUGUAAUUUAUUGAUGGUCCCAAACUAUCCCCAGAGAUAGGCUAUCCAAAGUCAAAACUAUUUUGACACUGUCGCACACCAGCCGGCAAAGAAGUUGGAUAGCGUGCUAGCUAAUUUAGGCUUCUUCCAGACACAAGACCUUGUUUGAAUGUUUCAAGUUAUCUCAAAGGGUGUGUACUGUUUUAGCACAGUGUAAGUAGAAAUGCUUCCCACGUCGGAACAAACACAAGAGACGCCCACAUCAAAGAGUUCCUCCGAGACCCAAAACUCGUUUAGUUUAAUUUCCUAAUGAGGAGAAUUGAAAUCAGGAAGUUCAGCCCCCUUUAAGAAAACAAUAGACAUACUUGGAACACAGAAUUGGUUGAAUGGUAUCAAACACAUGUUUCCCAUGUGUUUGAUGCCAUUCCAUUAGCUCCAUUUCAGCCAUUAUUAUGAGCCAUCCUCCCCUCAGCAGCCCCCUGUGACUUGGAAAGUAUACUCUUUCUGUAUUGAAUAUUGUAUUAAAUAUGUAUUAUGUAUUUAUGUUUAAUUCCAAAUACAACUGUUUUAAUUAA